GACAAGCUCCAGCAAGUCAUGUUCGGCAAGGUUUACUCUGGUGGAUCUGGUUAAAUGUCUUGCAUCGCAUAUUUACCUGGGCCUUGGCUCGAUCCCUUCUUUUAUCCGACGCAUUACGAUUUAUUUCGCUAGACUUUAUAUUUCAUCAUUACUGGGAUUCCUCAGAGUAUGGAUUCUUCUACAUACUCCCACACUAGUAGGCCUCGGUUCAUACCGAAUGCAGAAGACAUUCACGACCAACAUUUUGUGAAGCGAGAAUUGUGUUCAACCACGGAAUAUGUCCCGAACUGUUUGAUACUAUGCGGCGUUACUUUGCUAGCGCUGUCACGGUCAAGCUACGACCCUACCAAGAGUCGUGUCUUGAAGCAUGCAAGAAUGCACUUCAGGCUGGCGCGACUCGCAUUGGUGUAUCUCUGCCGACAGGCGCUGGCAAAACAACUGUGUUCAUAUCCUUAUUGGCGCAGAUAUCUCAUUCUCCAUCCACAUCACGCGCCUUAAUUAUAGUGAAUAGUAUCGAGCUUGCAAGACAAGCUGCUGCUCAAGCUGCGGCACAAUUCCCGCAAUGGCGCGUCGAGAUUGAACAGGGUGUCAAGCAUAAAGCAUCCGGAAAUGCAGAUGUGACAGUUGCCACUUAUCAGACACUCCUACAACCUCAGCGCCUUGCCAAGUUUCAUCCUGGUAGUCUGAAGGCAGUGAUUGUGGACGAAGCACACCACGCUGCCGCCCCAUCAUACCGCCGAAUACUUGCGCAUUUUGAUCCUGCAAUAAAGAGCCCGGAUGCAACCUUUCAGCCUCCACAGUUGUCUCGUCCUAUUCCAAUCAUCGGCUUUUCUGCCACCUUCAGUCGCCAUGAUGGGCUGGCUCUUGGCUCAGUCUUUCAACAAAUAGUGUAUCAUCGUGAUUUUCUUGAGAUGAUCAAGGAACAAUGGCUCUGUGAUGUGCGUUUCACAUCCGUCAAGGCGAACAUUGACUUGCGCAAUGUCACUGUGAACUCCAAAACUGGUGACUUCAAUGCUACAAGCCUGGCGCACAUCAUCAAUACAGAUACCGUGAAUAACCUUGUUGUGCAAGCCUGGCUCGACAGAGCAAGCCAGCGCCAAUCAACACUUGUCUUCUGCGUCAACCUUGCGCACGUACGAGCGCUGACAAAGGCUUUUCAAGGUUUUGGAGUUGAUGCACGUUAUCUGCACUCCGGGACGCCUGCUGCCGAGCGGCAUGGACUGAUAACCGCUUUUAAAGCAGGCGAAUACCCUGUGCUUGUCAACUGCGCUAUUCUUACUGAGGGCGCCGAUAUUCCCAACAUCGACUGCGUUAUAGUUACUCGACCGACUCGGUCACGCAAUGUCUUCGCACAGAUGAUUGGGAGGGGGAUGCGGCAAUCACCAUCAACAGGCAAAGUGGACUGCCACAUAAUCGACUUUGUCGACUCUACGAACCGGGUAGCUGGUGUGGUCUCGACCCCAACGCUCUUCGGUCUUGAUCCUGAGGAACUUAUCGACGAUGAGUCCAUUGAGACAUUGGAAGCUCGUGCUCAGACCGCCAUCCUUCAGGACGCGGGUGAUGAACAAGCACUAGUUGACAGUCGAGACGAUAUUCCUAAUCCGAAAUAUGUAACAUAUGUCGAUUACCAGAACCCAUUCGCCCUAGUCGACGGUUGCUCAGGUGCUCCUCACGUUGCAAAGCUCAGCACCAAUGCAUGGGUAGGAUGUGGCGACGAUAUCUACAUCUUGGAGUGUUUGGGCAAGGGAUAUAUCCGUAUCGAGCAUGUUUCUGCUGAUGAGGACAAGCCUACACACUAUCGCGCAACAUUUACCGAGGCGACGAUGCAUAUGCCGUCUGCGAAGGCGUUCAAAAUAUCACCAUUCAUGCGGAAAAGGUUGAUCAUGACUGCGGAGACACUCAGUGAUGCAAUCCGAGGCUGCGACACUUAUGCCGCGCAAAAGGUUCUUCGUGGAUCAUUGGCACUAGGGCUCCUCCGAACCGCAAGAUGGCGGAAAGCGUCUGCGUCCGAUAGCCAGAAGAACUUCAUCCUGAAACGGCGCGUCAAACGCGCGCUGGAUCAAGAUGCUGCCGCCGCAACCCUCCAGAACAUGACCAAGGGCGAGGCAGCCAACAUUAUCACUCGCUUGAAACAUGGAGCCCAGGCUCAUUAUGAGAAGAAAGCGAGGGAAGUGAAGAAAGCAUCCCAAUCAGCAGAGAAGGAGAGACGAAGGAGGGAGCGGGAGACAGUUCAGGUAGGACCGCUGGUGGACCACGAGGCACGCUAAGAACGGUAUCG